UGAACCUUUUUUGUAUUUCAGCUCUGCAUCAUGUCAGUAAUCAUAGAAACAACGAUAGGUGAUAUUACUGUUGACUUAUUUCUUAAAGAGCGUCCCCGAACUUGCCUCAAUUUUCUGAAACUAUGCAAAACAAAAUAUUAUAAUUACUGCGUAUUUCAUUCUGUACAAAGGAAUUUUGUUGCACAGACUGGAGAUCCAACAGGUGCUGGUAGAGGAGGAGAAUCUAUAUUUCAGUCACUUUAUGGAGAUCAAGCAAGAUAUUUUGAUGCUGAAGUAACUCCCAAGAUAAAACACCGAAAUAUUGGUACAAUUUCAAUGGUCAAUGAUGGAAAUGGACAACACGGUUCACAGUUUCUAAUAACUCUUGGUGAAAAUCUGGAUUAUUUAGAUGGUGUCCAUACUGUGUUUGGAGAAGUUGCUGAAGGAUUUGAUGUUUUAACUAAACUAAAUGAAGCAUUUUGUGACAAAGAAAAUCGUCCCUAUAAAGAUAUACGAAUCACACAUACAGUUAUAUUAGACGAUCCGCUGGAUGACCCGCCUGGUUUGAUUAUUCCUGAUCGUUCCCCUGAGCCGACGAAAGAACAACUUGAGAGUUUGUUGAGGAUCGGAGCAGAUGAAGAAAUUGAUGAUACAAAAGGAUUGACUGAAGGGGAAUUAGCGGAACGCGAGGGAAAAGUUGAGGCAGAACAUCAAGCACAGGUUUUAGAAAUCAUAGGAGAUUUACCAGACAAGGAUGUCAAACCUCCAGAUAAUGUUUUAUUUAUUUGUAAACUCAAUCCUGUUACAACAGAUGAAGAUUUAGAAAUAAUAUUCUCAAGAUUUGGUAAAAUUCUGUCUUGUGAAAUAAUAAGAGAUUUCAAGACAAGUGAAUCACUACAAUAUGCUUUUAUUGAAUUCGACAAACCUGAUGAAUGUGAGAAAGCUUACCUGAAAAUGGAUAAUGUAUUAAUUGACGAUCGUAGAAUCCAUGUCGAUUUCAGUCAGUCAGUUUCAAAGAUACAAUACAGAAGAAGUAAUGAUCCAAAACUUGACACAAGUGGAAAGAAAGAUAAGGUAUCGCAUAAAAAUUCAUCACCAGAGCGAAAACACAAAAAGGAACAUAAGAAAAGAGAACGAAUUGAAGAGCAACGUGGACAAAACAAAAACUAUAGAUCGAAUGGAAGUUCUGACAAUGAAGUUCGAUGCGGAAAGCAUCGCAAACGGCGAUCACAUAGUCCACAUAAAAAAUCAUCAAAGUCUGUGAAGAAACACACCAGGUCACCUUCACCCAGAAAGAGUGAAAAACAUUCAAAAUAUGAAAAAGAUAAUUAUUCAAGGCAUCGAGAUGACGAUUCAGGUUAUAAAAAGUCAAAACAUAGGAAAAAGCACAGCAGCAAAUACGAUUGACAUAUUAUUGAAUCUGGGUAAUUACCUCUCUUACUUGGCAGAUUACAAUGCAAUCAGAUGAAGGAUAUAGGCAGAUAAAGUCAUUGGGUCCAUGUUUUGGAUAGCAUAGCAUAAAUAAUUGAAUUGUGGAGUAAAGCUGGGUAUGAAAUAUGAAGCAUUUUGUGGAAUGAACCUAUUAUUAUGUCGGGUUAGUAAAGUUGGGCAUCCCAUUGUUAAAGCAAUUUUUGCAAUAUGUUUUACCUCGUUCCAUGAUAUUUUUACAAGCAUUCAAUAAAGUUUAUCACUUACGGGAA